AUGUCUAUGACAUUUCAAUUGAGCCCGUGCGCCAUGGCAGUGGCGCUGCUGUCCAUGACAGGUGCAUUGUGGCCAACCGGAGCACUUGCGGGGAGUAGCAAUGGCAACAACGAGGGAUACAAGCUCAGGGAAGCCAUUCCGGUAUCGUGUUUGAAUCGGACAGUGGAGGGAGAACAUAUCACCGAUAGUCUCGGCAAACUCCAAUAUGUGCCUUUCUACACCUGCAACGAGACCACCCGACCUCUGUCCUUCCGCUAUGGCAUCUCCGAAACAAUCACCUGCACCAUCCCCUCCCUCUCCGACGAGCUCUACCACCUUCUUGAGUUCUAUGUCCACUCAGAUGUCCCUAUGACAUGUCGUGUGCCAACGGCACCACUGACAGCCUCCGCCGAGCCCCAUGCGAGCAAAGACGAAAAGUCCGGCGAAGCAGACACUCUCUCUGCGCUCGCCGACAACGGUCCACCCUUUACACCGCUCACUAUCGCGCUGCAGGGAACGCUACAGCGAAGCCAUCUGCAUAUAUGGACGGACAUGAACGUCGUCAUGCACAACAUGGCUUCAGACGCAGCUGCCGAGCAGAAGACCAAUAAUGGCGCCCAGUCCGGUCAGCCUGGGUUCGCGGUUGGCGGCACUGCGUACUCGACCCCCGAGUUUGAUAACACCGGGAAGAUGACCAAGCUUGACGAGGAGGAGGAGCCAGUUGCUCUUGCUCAGGCGGCGCGUGAGCCCUGGACUGCUGGACAUGGUACCAAGGUUGUGCGAGGAGAGCCGCUGACUUUCUCUUUCCAUGUUGCGUGGCUAGAGGGCGGUGAUAGUAUUGGGUGGCCGGUCAGACCGGCAACUGAUUCCUGGCUGGCUUUGGCGACCGGGACAGGAAAGGGCUCUGGUUCUUUUAUCUCAAAAUUGGUGUUCUUUUUCAUGGCGGCCUCUGUUGGCGCAUUGGUCGCGCUUUAUUGGGAGCGCAAGGGUGGCCGUACUCGAUCCCCUUGGCAUGGUGAUGGACUUCUGGGCGGCACUCCUGCUCGGGGAGGAAAGGGACCGGGCGUCACCUUUGGCAACGGUGGGAAGGCCAAUGGAUAUGGCGGAUACGCUGGUGCUGGCAAUGGAAACGGCGCUGGAGGUGGUGGCGGAUACUCUUUCCCGACCGGCAAGAGAGAUUGA